AGAUACUUCAACCCAGCAGCGACCAUCACAUUUUAACAUUCACCACUCUCUCUUCAAAUUCUAGCCCAGGGUUCAUGACUAGCAAGGAUGGGUUGUCUUCAUCCGUUGUGGAGACCGUAGCUGGAUUCACAGCAGGGGUCGCCUCGACACUCUGUGUACACCCGCUUGACCUAGUGAAGACCCGCCUUCAAGUCGACCGAUCAUCCCCCUCCCGUCUUGGCAGCUCUUUACGGAUCAUCCGGGAAAUUUCCACGCACGAGGGCGGUCUCCGUGCCUUCUAUCGUGGUCUAGCUCCUAAUUUGAUUGGAAACUCAACGAGCUGGGCUCUGUAUUUUCUCUGCUAUGGAAGUCUCAAGGACGCCAUCCGCAUUUACCGAGGACAGGAAGAAUGGAUGCUCACAUCUGCUGAUUAUUUUCUUGCCUCUAGCGCAGCAGGAGCCUUGACAUCCAUUCUUACGAACCCUAUCUGGGUCAUAAAAACCCGGAUGCUCGCAAGUGGUGCCCAAUCCCCAGGGGCUUACCCUUCAUUCAUGUCUGGUGUGAGGCAAAUUUACCGCACUGAAGGCAUGCGUGGCUUUUACCGUGGACUGAUUCCCUCAUUAUUCGGUGUCAGCCACGGCGCUUUCCAAUUUAUGGCCUACGAAAGGCUGAAGGUCUUCCGUUCCCAGGCGCUACAUAGAGAAUCCUUAAUGGGGCAGCCUGAUGCCACGGUGAAAAAAACCCUUGGAAACCUGGAUUUCCUGGUUCUCUCCGGUCUGUCCAAGGUUUUUGCCGGGUGUGUGACUUACCCCUAUCAAGUCAUCAGAUCACGACUACAGACCUACGAAGCCCAUAUCUUAUACCGUGGGGUUCUGGAUGCGAUUGGUCAGAUUUGGGCAAAAGAAGGUAUUGCAGGGUUCUACAAGGGACUCGGCCCGAAUUUGCUUCGAGUGCUGCCGAGUACCUGGGUCACAUUUCUUGUUUACGAGAACACAAAGCUCUUCAUGCCCAAGCUUGCAGAGCAGGUGUAGUUCCAAUCCAGAUGCCAUGCAUGCCUUGGUCUUUAAUUAGAUGUGGCUACCUCCGUAUUCUAUGGUGAUAACGCAAUACGUAUUAAAAAUGGUAGACUGCUGUAGACUUCUGGCACGUGAGGUUAACCCGUUCGACUCCUUCGUUCUCUGGUCGGCUCACGUCAACACAAGAGUCAUCUUUUG